CAGCGCAAUGGAGGGCAAUAUGAGUUGUAAAGACGACCUGUCCACAAUGACAGGGCUUUUUAACUGUUUGACGGGAGCGUACAGAUGCUUUCUUGCGGGAUCGUGUCCCCCCCAAAAUGCUGCCGAUGUAGCGAGCGUAAUAUACUCCGGCUUUUGUGGACCUGUCCACGGGAAAGGCAGAGAAGGUUCCCCCUCAGAGUACUGCGGUGAAAACAGUGCGGAGCUGACUUGCACGUGCAUGUCUUUCCUCGAGAGGGUUUCUUCCAACCUGACGUCUCAGCGGCUGCAUCCAGACGUUAGGUUUUAUUAUGCGGAGGUCCUAAAAGUAUUGCUUGAAGACAUGGAUCUCAUCACGCACCUUGUAAACCGGUUCCAAGCCGAGGACCACAUUAUCUCACAUCUGGCUGCAAAGACAGCAUCAAACUGUGUUUUUUACCUUAUCUGCAAAUCUGGAUUUAUCAGUCCUGCCUGGCAGAGGAAAUGUGAACAAGCAUUUCAGAACCCGUGGCCUGGUGCUGAAUUAGAUGCCUGUUUGUGGUCACUGACUGAAGUCUCCAAAAAACUUCUUAAAGGAGCUCAUCGAGAAGUGAAGACUGCAACAGAGGUUCAUGCACACCUGCAGAGUCUGUGGGGCUUCCUGAGGCAGUACAGCUUCAAACAGAGAGAGCUCACUCAUCUCUGCUGCUGGAUCAGCAUGCUGUUUGGAGAACAGGACGAUGACAUGAUGGAGGCAGCUAAAGCUCUGCUCUGCAUAUUUCUUCAUUACAGACGGAUUUCUGGGAUGGAUGAAUUUGCAGUGCUGGAGACGGCCUGUGCAUCUGGCUUUAACCCUCACUGUCACUUUGUGCUUCUGCUUCAGAGCAUGUCCUUUGACUAUAGCGUCCUCCUAGACUUUCUGAUCUCAGCUGAAACCUGCUUUCUGGAGUACUUUGUGCAGUACUUGAAAUGCCUCCGAGAUGAUUGGCAGGGCUUCGCUGCAGCAUGUGGACGUAUCACUAUGUCAGACUGUUGUCUUUCACAGCAGAAGAAGUUAGGCGCCGAUAGGUCAACAUUGAAAUGUAAAGGAGAGCCAGAUAAAGCAGAAUCUGGUUCCUGUGUUAUUCCACCAGCUGGAAGGCUAGGUGUGGCUUCAGAGCUUCGCCUUGUAGAGUAUGAUACUUCUGAUGAGUCUGAUUCUGAGAAUACAGUGGAAUCUGUCUGUGCCUUGAAUGGGAAACAAUAUAAGUCAACAGCUUUACUGAGUCCAAGACCGGAAGGAUUAUUACAGCCAGUGUUGCAGCCAGCCGCAAACAUGGCAUCUCUGUCAGGGCAGCUUCCUGGUGAAAUAUCAGUCAGAGCAGUCCAUUGUUUGUCACAGCUUAGAGAGGUGGUAACGAGGCUGCACACAAAGAAGCUCUUCCCAUAUAACCCUUCGUCACUCUUAAAGCUCCUAGCGCAAGUAGAGAGCUGUUACCAGAAACACACCUGUCACAAUCAGUAAAUCAUAAAGGUCACUAGUUUCAAUGAUUUUGUUUGUUUGCUGAUGUGGUGUGCACUUCCAGUUCCUGCUGUUGCACAUAUAAAAAUAUUAUUGUCAAUAUUAUAAAUA